CUGGAAUGGUCCGCGCGUUCUCCUCCGGCUCGUUUCCGCUUCAGCAUGGGAACUGCCGUGUCCAAAAGGAAGAACAUGAGGAGUGACGCCAUUUCUUCCGUGGCCGCGAAAGUUAGAGCAGCCAAAGCAUUCGGAGACUAUCUGUCCAAUACAAAUCAAGAGAACCGGAACGGAGCGGAUCAUCUCCUGUCCGACACCUUCCCGGGCCAGGACUGUGACUCCCCAGACAUCAGCCGCCUGCACAACAACAACCUGCCCCCCCAGAGCCGCGCUUUGCCCGUCCCCAAACCCGCUCAGACCAACCCCGGGGCUCCGCCUCGGCUGGGCUCUCUCCGGGCCCCGCCCCCUCCGGGCCCCCCCAAACGCCGGCUGUCCGUGGGGCGGAGCCUCUCGGCCGAGGAGCCCGCCCCCCCGGAGGGGGGGGGCGUCCCGGUGAAGCCGGCCCGGGUCUACACCAUCACCCGGGAGAGCGGGAUGACGCUGGGCGACCCGGGGAGCCAGGAGAGCCAGGAGAGCCUGGAGCUGGACGUCCUGAAGGCUCCCAGGGAGCAGCCGGUGCACCGGGCUCCCGACGGCCCGUCCUGCACCAGCCAGCCGGCCUCGGCCACGGCCCGGGCCGGCCACCACCGCAGCGGGCACCACCGCAGCGGCCAUCACCACGGCAACCAGCCGCCCGGCGGGGGGGGGGCGGCGGCCCCGCAGCCCCUGCAGAGCUCCAGGAGCGCCGGGAACAUCGGGGACUGGGGGCUGAGGAGGGGCACGUCCAGGGAGGACUACACGCCGGACUGCGUGGCCUGCAUCCGCGCCCCCUGCCAGAGCCAGCGCUCCCUGGACCUGGACACCUCGCCCCGGGACGGGGGCAAGCACCGCAAGAAACUGGAGAGGAUGUACAGCGAGGACAGAACCUCUACCGAAGACAGGGAGGACAAUCCUAAUAGCUGGUUCCCCAAAGAGAAUAUGUUCAGCUUUCAGACAGCCACCACCACCAUGCAGGCGGCUUUCCGAGGCAAUGCUGAGAGAAAGAGACGGAAAAGAGAGCAGGAGGCAGCCACCAUGAUGGAGAGAAAUUUCCGCAAACACCUUAGGAUGGUGGGCAGCCGUAGGAUGAAGGUCCAGACCUUCGUUGACCGCCGUGCCAAGAGCUUCAGCCGCUCGUGGAGUGACCCCACCCCGGUCAAGCCCGAGUCACUCCAUGACUCCAGAGACAGUGGCGAGCUUCAAGCCUCCUCAGGGACUCUGGAUGAAGGGCCGGAUGAGGAUACCGACUGGGAGGAGGAGAGAGACGCGGAGAGAGCGGCCUGCAAAGGGGAGGACUUCGUCCCGCCCAAAAUCAUGCUGAUAUCCUCCAAGGUACCCAAAGCAGAAUACGUUCCCAACAUCAUCCGCAGGGACGACCCGUCCAUCAUCCCCAUCCUCUACGACCAUGAACAUGCCACGUUUGACGACAUCCUUGAGGAGAUAGAGAAGAAGCUGACUGCCUACAGGAAAGGCUGCAGAAUCUGGAACAUGCUCAUUUUCUGCCAGGGUGGUCCGGGACAUCUGUACCUGCUGAAGAAUAAAGUGGCCACGUUUGCCAAGGUGGAGAAGGAGGAAGACAUGGUCCUUUUCUGGCGGCGACUCAGCAGGCUGAUGAGCAAGUUAAAUCCUGAGCCUAACCUCAUCCACAUCAUGGGCUGCUACGUGCUGGGGAGCGCUAAUGGAGAAAAGCUUAUUCAGACUCUGAAGAGGCUGAUGAGACCGUCUUCUGUUGAAUUCAAGUCCCCUCUGGAGCUUUCGGCACAAGGCAAAGAGAUGAUCGAGACCUACUUCGACUUCCGUCUGUUCCGCCUGUGGAAGAGCCGGCAGCACUCCAAACUGCUGGACUACGAUGACCUGUUGUGACCACUCCGGCGGCUUCUCGCCCGGUUUCUCCAAAUCUGAGCCUACUGUUGAGCGUUGACAGGGUGUUUGGAUCUAAAAAAAAAAAGGGGGGUCCUCCCUUCCCCCUUCCUGAGCGGCUCCCAGACUCUGGCCGUUUGGCAGAGCUGGAAAAAGCAGGAGCAGCAGAGCGUGGUCAGGAUUUCUUUGUUUUGUUCAUCUAUAUCUCUUUUAUGGAAACCACGCCGUGGUGCGCUCUGUACCCAUUUUCACUUUCUGCCUAUCCGUCAGAGAAAAGAGAAAGGAGGGGACGAGGAAAAGAGGGACUCAUCAUUGUAGCCUAAAUGUGUCAAAGUUGCUGACUAAGGCUAGAUUUUUUUUAAGAUGAGAGGAGAUGUUAGAUUCAAGAGUGGCAGGAGAGAAAAAGAAAGAGCUCCUUAUUAACUUUGGAGGCUUUAUUUAUGCUUUUUUUUUUGCCUUGCCUUUAGCCAACCUAUCUGAUCUUUUAAGAUGGAAGCUUAUAAGAGAGAAGCUGAACUCUUUAUCAGGUGUGGAAGUUACUUGCAAAGGAAGUAGAGCUUAUAUGUAAAUAAACUAAUGAAACAUCAGUAGACAGGUUUUCAACAUCUCUCCACAGUAUCUAUUUAGUCAUAUUGAGAUUCUAACAGUUAUCUGUUUAGAUUUAUUUCCUGAACACUUCGGGAAAAUGUAAUACUGUUUUGUACAGACUGUUAACUCAGGACAAAUCCCUUGUUUUUCUAUUUAGAAAUGUAUUCACGGUACAACAUACUGUAGAUCAGAACUGAAGGCCUUCGUAUUUUCAGUGGGACUUCGUGACAGCCUUUGGAUGUUGGGGUGGAGCUGAACUGUAAACUGUUUUUUUUUUUCUAGAGUCUUAUCGAAUUAAGCUGUAGCGCGACUUCUAGACGCACCCGUGCAUGGUUCCAUAUCAUCGCCUCCCGGCCGGCUUUAGCUAGUCUUUUCUCUUUUUCAGGUGCCUUUUUCCGUACCUGUGUGUUUGCACUGCAUGUGUAGGUGCAUAGCUGCCCUUUUAGAGGGAUUUUAUCAGGAGUCAAUGCCACCAGCUCUAUACAUCGACUCCGUAGACAGACAGUAUACAUAGAAUUUUGAUUUUAUUUGAACAAUUUAAGUGUGUUUUUAGGAUUUCUAAUUGAAUUGAAAUGAUCAAGGAGUGGUAGGGGAGGUAUCAAGUCUUUGUUAUAUGAUGUUUUAGUGGUCUCCUCCCUCCAUUGUUGUCUUUUGAAGCAUAAUACCAUUAGCAAACCUGAAAUGUACUUUUUUCUGGCUGAAUUUUACCGAAUUAGAAUGCACACUUCCCGUGGUAGACAGCAAACUUAGAACUGCAAAUUUGAUGGCACGGGCUUGUAUAUGAAUAAUUAAAUGAUUAGAUGAAUAAAGCCAUGGCUCAGUGACCAUGGUGACAUCAUUAGCUACAGGGCACCACUCACAACCAAUCAACUGAUAUUGAUACGCUUACUGACUCGUUUCUGAAUAACCCCUUUAAAACAGCACCACUCUGUUGGUUUUAGUCGUUUGCUUGUUGGUUUUGGAGUCCAUUUCUUAUCAUUACGUACUUCUUUUUAAAAGUUAGGACCUCCCACAGUGUGCUGUGAGUCAGAUAGGGUGAGUGACAUUUACAUUGGUUCAUUUUAAGCUUUUGCUGAGGUGGCCGUGUCCUCCAUUAUAUACUCUCCUCCUCUUCAGGCUUCAGGCCAAACGUCCUCACAAAGACAGGGAAAAAUAAGGAAAAAGUCAGGACUUUUUUUUCUAUAACCUCUCAUUACGUCAAUGCAGAGGAGCACUGUGGAAUGAAGAUUACUAUUGGGUUUGAAAUUUGAUUUUUAUAGAGUAAAAAAAACACUAAAAACACACAACAUGAGUCGGUAAUCCAUAAAUGCUUCCUUAUUUCAAAUCUGGGCUUUCCAGGACAUGAUAAGUGUUUGUGUUGUGGCCAGGGUUGACCGGUCCCCUUUAGCACUUAUUCACAUCAAACUUUAUGCUGAACUACGCUGGUCUGAAAUAAUUUUUUGGAGCAUUUUUGAGUAGCUCUUAGUUUGCAGCACAAGCGUAAAGGACUAAGAUGCUAAGACUUUUUUCAUCCUAAUGUAUCCAUCAGAACAUUGUCCGUUUUGAAAUAGCUAAUAAGGUUUGUGAAAAUGUAAAUAUCAAUUAUUUCAGUAGCAGUUUUUAGAGAAUAUUCUAAGUUUGUAACUGCUUUUUAGCCGAGGGCAAUAAUCACAGUUCCCACACUGGGAAAUGUGUUGAAGGACUUGUUUUUUGGGUUUUUUUAAGCCAACAUAGAAGGAGCUAUUUUUCCGACUAAAGUUCUUUAACUUGAGACGCAUAUCAGCAUUUUUCUGUCUUCUGCUACAUUGCGACCAUUUUAUUAUUACACUUCUGAGAUUCAUGGAAUUUUAGUUUUUUCCUGCUGUUAAAUAUUCGAUUUAAAAAAUGCACUGCAUUUCCAGGAAAAAACGUUGUCUCAUAUUGGUCAUUUUUCCUUUUUGCUAAAUAAAAAAAUCAGGAAAGCGACAAGUUGAUUAUCAAUCGUCAGAAAUGAUGAUGAAUUUGUGAGUACGUGCUUUGAAAUCCUUUAUGGAUAUUUAUGACACUGUCAGUUUUUAGUGUGUUAAGCCAAUGUGAACCUUUGAUUGAAAAGAUAAUACUUGAGGUACGUGAGUAUUUGUCUCCGUCUUAUAUCAAACCCUAUUCGUCUUAGAAAGAGUGAUUUGUGAAGUGUCUGUGAGAUGGUUUUAGACUUCAUGACUCAAAUGUUCACUUGAAAAUAACAGCCUAUUGUUUUGAGGGCGCAUUAUUCACCUGAACACUUCUGCCAAUACUUCAGUUUUAUCCAGUUUUUCUUCCUCCGAUGUUUUUAUUUGUGGACAUUACAAACGCAGCUCAUUUAAUUGAGCAUUAGUUAAGUUUUCUCUCCCAAUUAGAAUUCAAUUGACUUUCGUUUGUUUUUUAUGGCUCUGUAAUGACUUUGCUUGCUACAUGUCAAUAUAGCAUAAUUAGUCAUGUUUAACAUGAAUCAAUAGAUCGUUGUCAGACUAAUAACGAUCAUUUGAUUUAAUGAAUAACUUUAUUUAUUUGUUCUGUUUGUGAGCAAAGUGAUUUUGAUCUCAUUGUGCUGCUGAUCUCUGUGGGAUGAAUUAAAGUAUUAAGCAUUAUUUAGAUGAGGAAACUACCUCAGUUGUACUUGAUCAUGUCGUCAUAAAAAGGAGAAACUUAGCAUUUUCUCUCAACUCCCGUAUUCUUCCAUUUUUCAGAUUUGCUGUUUGCGAUACGUGCAAACUCCAGACCUCCGUCAGCGUUAUCUGUUAAUCCUGAUAAACCUGAUACGGUGAGACAUUUUUCUGUAUUUAUCAACGACUAGUUUCUAUUAAUCUGGUUAGAUCUCUGCUGUCAUGUAUCUGACUUAAACCAGUGCUGCUCAUUUAUGGUUUUCCUCUAUGUUGUCUAUUUAAACAUCACUUGCUGUCAAGUAUUUUUCCUCCGUAGCAAUAUACAGUCUUAGAACAUCUCUGUACGAUUCUUUCAAUUUGAAUAUUUGUGUGUACUUGAUGGGAACCAUUGCUCAAACUGUGUCGUGUUAGGUGGUAAUGUCCUUCGAUCUGAUUGGUUAUUUCUAUAGAGUGAUAGUGGUUGUAGAAACGGAGAUAGACUCAGAUGGCAGUCUGCUCCCCGCAUGGCUCCUUUAUGUUCCAAUGCACUGAUGGGUUGCGGUAACAUUACUCAGACCAGACUUUGUUCUCUCUCUUCUGCUGUUAAAUAAAAAAAAUCAGGACUCAGGGCACGAUUUUAGUCAACACUCGAUUCUGGAGGGUUUUAACGCAACCUGAACUCCCCAAAUGUUCACCACCAUCAAGGAUUAAUAUUAUUAUUACUAUGAAAUGACAAUACAAGUAACGUGCAACACAGAUGAGGCAUUUCGGGCACCUUUAACUCAUUGGCUGCCAAAGACGUCUAUAGACGUCUUUUAUGUUUUUUUCAACGAGAGUGUCUGGGGGACGAUCUGC